GGUAAGCAGAAUGUUAUCACGUUCAUUUCUUGUUCACAGUACAAAACCUCACCGGUUAAUGUUACAGUGCUCUGUUCUACCACAUCCAAAAUUCAUCAUUCAAGACCCAAUUCUCAUAUUCCUAUAUUUUAAUUCUUUCUCUGCUUUGCCUUCUUCUUCACUGUCACCUCCAGAUACCCACUAUAAGCUAAACCACAAAGACUGGUUAUCUACAACUGAAGUUAUGAGAAUUUUUGAAAGUAUUAAGGACCCGAAUUCAGUUUUUUCAGUAUGGGAUCAAUACACAAAUAGAAAAGACUAUAAACCCAAUGAAGCUCUUUACACUCUUGUCAUAAACAAGCUUGCUCAAGCUAAAAACUUUGAUGCUAUUGAAGAUAUAAUGCAAAGAAUCAAACUUGAAAAAUCCUGUCGUUUAUCAAAUGGUUUCUUUUACAAUGUGAUCAAGAUUUAUGGACAUUUAGCGGGUCGAAUCAAGGUAGCUAUGGAUACCCUUUUUGAUAUGCCAAGGGGUUAUAAUUGUUGGCCUGAUGUGAAAACUUUCAAUCUUGUGUUGAAUUUGCUUGUUUCUGCAAGGAUUUUUGACGUGGUUCAUGAGAUUUAUGAGAAAGCUCCUAUAUUGGGCGUUGAAAUUGAUGCUUGUUGUCUUAAUAUUCUUAUAAAAGGGUUAUGUGAAAAUGGGGAUUUGGAGGCUGCAUUUUAUGUGCUCGAUGAAUUUCCUAAACAGAGGUGUAAGCCUAAUGUGAGAACAUUCUCGACUUUGAUGCAUUACUUAUGUGCAAAAGGGGAAGUUAAUCAGGCAUUUGGGUUGCUUGAUAGAAUGGAAAAUGAGGGUAUUGAAGUGGAUACAAUUACUUUCAAUAUCUUGAUUUCGGGAUUGAGGAAGCGAGGAAGGAUUGAGGAAGGGAUGGAAUUGCUGGUGAAAAUGAAGCUUAAGGGGUGUGAACCGAAUGCAGGAUCUUAUCAAGAGGUUUUGUAUGGUUUGCUUGAUGCAGGAAAGUUUUCAGAAGCGAAAGACUUCAUGGAUAGGAUGGUCUGUGAAGGCAAUGGUCCUAGUUUUGUGUCCUAUAAGAAGUUGAUUGAUGGGCUUUGCAAGGAGAAGUUGAUUGGAGAAGUUGAUUGUGUUUUGAAACAAAUGUUGAAGCAGGGCUUUGUCCCAAAGAUGGGGAUGUGGAAGCAUAUUGUAGGCAGUAUGUUGUCAGAAAGUGGUGACUGUACCAGUAUCUGCUUUAGUCAAGUUAUUGGUGGCUAGCAUUAUGGAACCUUUUUUCUUUCUUUCUGAACAAUGAACCUUUGUAUUGCUAAAUUAGCUUUAGAAGUGGAUGGGAAAUGAUUGCCAUGAAGAUUGGUUGAGCCAAUCUUCUAAGUGAAGGGCUGCAACUUGUGAGCCGGGAAGCACUGUCUUCAAUUUGAUUUCCCUGAGCUGUUCUCUGAUUUCCAUUGAUUGGUUUGCUUGUCUAAUAUCUCAAUUGAUUUCCCUUGCUUGUUUCCUAUAACAUCAAUGUGGAUUCUGUAGUGUGAACCUGAUGCAUAAAAUUCGUAUACUUUGUUUCAGCAAGGACUAUCAUAGCUGCUUCUGAUCAGUGGGAAACUGCUUCAGAGAUUAAUUCAGCAGAAGCUGGAAAAUAAAUUCUCUUAUAUGUUUAUUCAACUGAAUCAUCUGCCAGAGCUCUCACUUUUGUAUUCCUUACAUUCUUAUGAUUUAAUUUUGAAAAUAAGCAAAUCUGAGUUUCAACUCUUGUAAGCAGAUUGAUAUUUCAAUUGAAAGAAAUAAGUGAAUUAAUGAGUGUUCCUUUCAUGA